CCUCCGGCAGGUGAGGAACACCGCGGCGGGCGUACAGCGCGUGCGCACUUGCGCGCUCCCGGGUCUGCGGUGGUUCGGGUUCUCACUGAACGCUUCCGGCGGGAGGUGAGUACCAAGACCAGGUCCUGAACAAGCCCAGUCACGUCCUUAUGAGCAUCUCGGGUUUAUUCCGUCUCCCUGCAUCACUGACCAGGAUAUGCACAGUGCCGUGGGGACUUGGGCUCGGGGAGAAGCUGACGCUGCUGUCCCCAGGAAUAGCUGCCACUGUGGUCCAGAUGGCAGGCAAGAAGGACUGUCCUGCUCUGCUUCCCCUGGAUGAGAAUGAGCUUGAAGAGCAGUUUGUGAAAGGACACGGUCCAGGGGGCCAAGCCACCAACAAAACAAGCAACUGCGUGGUGCUGAAGCACAUCCCCUCCGGCAUCGUCGUCAAGUGCCACCAGACAAGAUCUGUUGAUCACAACAGAAAGCUCGCUCGGAAAAUUCUACAAGAGAAAGUGGAUGUUUUCUACCAUGGCGAAAAUAGCCCUAUUUACAAAGAGAAACGAGAGGCAGCAAAGAAAAAGCAAGAAAGGAAAAAAAGAGCAAAGGAAACUCUAGAAAAAAAGAAACUGUUGAAACAACUGUGGGAAUCAAGUAAAAAUCCUGCCGAGAAAGUAAGCGCCGACUCCAGCUGACCACCAGCAGGCUGCCCUGGUGGCCGGUACCAGCACUGGCACGGAGCUUCUGAAGAAACAAUCUCCACAGACGUAACAGACACCCAAGUUUCUAAAUGUUGGAUUGAACUAUAGUGAAUGUCGAUGUACACUUUGAGAAUAAAACUAAAACACAAGGAAGCUGUCACUAUAAAACGGUAGUGGCUAGUUUGGGCAGGAGGCCUUUGGUGUGGCUCCUGGGACGGCAGGGGGAGUUGUUUCCCAACCUGGGCAGUAGUUAGAAGUCACUCCUUACUAGUGUGCGUGUGGUGGGUGGCACACUGGCAACUGACCUCAGCCUCACACGUGCUGGGUGGGCACCCUACCGCUGAGUUACAUCCUCAGCCCUUUUUCUUUUUUUUCCAAAGACAGGGUCUUGGGCUGCUGGUGUAGCUGAGAGGUAGAGCACUUGCUUAGAAAGCACAGGGCCCCAAUUUCAAUCCUCAGUACCACAAAAAGAGAGAGAAACAAAGAAAGGCUGACCCCAAACUCCUAGACUCAAGUGAUCCUCCUGUCUCAGCCUCCAGAGCAUGGAACUAAAGUGUCCCUCCUAUACCUGACUUACCCUCUUACCUUACUUUAAGCUGUCCAUUGACUUGUGUGAUUGUCUGUUUUAUUACAAAAGAAAAUUUAGAAAUUUAAAAUUUUGAGAAAGGAUUAUAAAUAAGGUCCACUUUAUUGACCUUGAGCCAAACAUUAAUAGCAUUUACUGGCAUUGCUGGGUAUGGGGCUGGGGUUGUAGUUCAAUGGUAGAGCACGUGCCUAGCAUGUGUGAGGCACUGGGUUCGAUUCUUAGCACCACAUAUAAAUAAAUAAAAUAAAGGUCCACUGACAACUAAAA